GUCAAACUCGCGUGUCGGAUCAUAUCGGCGAGGGUGUGUACAGGUCCAUUUCCAGCAGGGCAGUCGCCAGCCUUCGGCGUUCUACUAAAGAUAGUAAGCCAAGAGCAUUCCAGUAACCAUUCUCGGAUGUGCUCAGACGAAUACCGUUGAAUACGAUGUACUCCACUGGAAAUUAACGUGUACAUGUCCCGCCUUACCACGGACCGGCUAUUCGUAGCAAUAUUGACGAGACCCCGAAGCCGGCGGACUUGGAAAGGCUGUGCCAUGGACCAAUACCGUCGCGUUAUCAAAAGUAUCCGAAACGCGACUAGGCCGUUUUCGGAGCCGUGGGGGCGCGAAGCUAACAUGACGAAGGGCCGAUAUCCUGCGGAUUAUUUUCUCCAAGUUUUUACCUAUUUCGUCAAAGGUAUGCCUCACGAAUAUCAUUUGACCAAGCCCCGCAAACUCGAAGUCUACCGGUGCUCUUGUUCUAGGAAAACCUUAUCGCGCAUGUACUAUGGAGGGUGUGGAUUUUUUGGUCGACUGGCAUUCGUCACAGUUUACCAAGGUCUGAUCCCCGUGUACCCAAUACCGGUGUGAUUAUUUGCAAGCGUUCUGCAGUGAACAUAUGAGAGGCGCGAAAGGGCCGAGUAGAGAAGUAACUCCAUGGUAGCAUUGGAAUAGUCAGUAAGAACCCACGCGCGUUGAAUAUCCAGGCUUACACUGAUGCAUUCAGAAUUACAAGUGCA